AUGACAGUGGGAGACUUGUUCAGCCGAGUGAUGGGCCCGAAACGAAUCGGCCUCAGUACGGUGGAUGCCAUUCUACGUGUUAUCAAAGGGGCAGACAUAGCCGGACUAAAUAAGAGGAGAAGAGACCGAUUUUGCUCAGUAGACACCCUUGACGUGAAGAACGUCAAUUGGGCAGCGAUUGCGUCGUCGCUCAUUCAUAUGAGGAUUCUGGUAUAUAUCUAUAGGAUGGCCGAAUGUAACUUCCGUAAACGCCAACUACAGUAUAUGACCGGCGAGGGACUGGAAACACGCCACAAGCCACCAGUAUGCAGCCACGAAGCUUCAGCACCUGACAACCAGAGGGCCAUCUAUGGUAACCCGCGCUGCUUGGUAACCAUCCCGAUCGGUAGCGACGCCCGACGAGUUCACGAAGGCGAACGAUCGUGUCCGCCACAAUGGGAGAGCAACGACCUAUACUCGCGGUUCAAGGCCGGACAAAGGCGGCUUCCUGUUGCUGGCUCACUUCGAUUAGUACUACGAAACUGUGAAAGAUUCACGGAAGGAAAAUCCCGGUUGCCGGCCGGAAUUGGACCGACAGAGUUGUUGGUCAGCAGUAUCGUCAUCAUCGCCGUAGAUCCGCCAGUUCCAACAGCGACAACCAGGGCUUGGCCCUUAAAGGUACCGUCGGACAAGGAAGAAUCGAGAAGUUCUAGAUUUCGAAAAGGUACAGAGGAAUCGAAACCCCAAGAACAACAGUUGGUAUCAGCUCCUCAAGUGACGAACCUGGCAGCUACAGAUCUUGUGUCCUCUUAUGCUGCGCCUCAACGCUCGUCGCAGGUUCUCUUGGCCACAGCAGUAGUUAUUUUAGAAGAUGAUUAUGGUAAUCAAUAUCCAGCAAGAGCUCUUCUAGAUUCUGGCUCGGAGAGCAAUCUGCUUACGGAGCGAAUGAGCCAACGGUUGAAAACCACAAGAGAAAGGGUAGAAAUCUGCGUAAUAGGAAUAGGUCAGGCAGCAACAAAGGUCAAGCAGAGAAUUCAUGCCACGGUUCGAUCACGAAUUUCAGAGUUUUCGCGAGCUAUGAGCUUCCUUGUCCUACCCAAGGUGACGGUUAAUUUGCCCACAACAACAGUACAAACAAAGGGCUGGAGAUUUCCAGAAGGUAUUCAGUUGGCGGACCCUUCAUUCUCGGUGUCUAGUGAGGUGGACAUUGUUUUAGGAAUCGAAUCAUUCUUCGAUUUCUUCCAUACUGGAGAAAAGAUCGAUUUGGGCGAUCAACUUCCUUCUCUGAAUCAUUCAGUGUUUGGUUGGGUAGUCUGUGGAGGUUUGCCGAUCCCACGGCAAGCCAUACAAGUAAUCUCGAAUGCUUCGAUUACUGAAGAUCCUCUGGAAGCCAUGAUGGCUCGAUUUUGGUCCUGUGAGGAGGUCGAGUCAACCAAUUUCCUUUCACCAGAAGAAGCCAGAUGCGAGAGCUUAUUCUCGAAAACUGUGAAACGUGAGUCCGACGGAAGAUACACAGUUUCUCUACCUCGAAACGAUAGUAUCAUUGAACGAUUAGGUGAAUCGCAGGAGAUCGCUAUGCGGCGAUUUCAGGCAACGGAACGGAGACUUUCUAGGGACGAAAACCUCAGGAAGCAAUACGAAGAGUUCAUGGAGGAAUACGUUCGUUUGGGUCACAUGCAAAAGAUAGUUGAGUUGGAAGAUGAGUCAUGUCAGAAAUCAGGUAAACAGUCAGUCAAGCGUUGUUUUUUGCCACACCAUCCCGUUGUUAAAGAAGCGAGUACUACUACAAAGGUCAGGGUCGUUUUUGACGCCUCUUGUAAAACUUCAACUGGAGUAUCGUUAAACGAUGGACUCUUGAAUGGCCCUGUUAUUCAGGAUGACUUACGCUCGAUUAUCCUCCGUUGUCGAACCAAACAGGUUAUGGUUGUUGCCGACAUUGAGAAAAUGUUCAGGCAAAUCAAUAUCGCUGAAGAUGAUCGUCCUUUCCAAUCCAUUUUGUGGCGGUCAUCUCCCAAGGAAAAAAUAUCGAUCUAUGAACUGCGAACAGUCACCUACGGAACCAAACCAGCUCCAUUUCUAGCCACUAGAACUCUGCAACAGUUGGCCACUGAUGGAAAAGGGGAUUUUCCGCUUGCAGCAAGCGCUGUUUUGAAUGACACCUACAUGGAUGAUGUCAUCACAGGGUCGGAUACCGUUGAAGAAGCGAGUGAGCUGCAAGUUCAGCUUGAUGCGUUGAUGAGUUCUGGUGGGUUUCGUUUGAGAAAAUACGCCUCAAACAGCCCUGAUGUGUUGAAGAACGUUUCUGAAGACAAUUUGGCCAUCAAAUGUCCGGAAGGUAUAAACCUGGAUCCUGAUCCAUCGGUCAAGACUUUAGGUUUGACAUGGAUGCCCACAUCAGAUGUUUUCAGCUUUCAAUUCAGUAUUCCGGCCAUUGAAUCUAUUGAACCAUUAACUAAAAGGCGAAUACUGUCCGUUAUUGCUAUGCUUUUCGAUCCCCUGGGGCUCAUUGGAGCCGUAAUUGCUACUGCUAAGAUUUUCAUGCAGAAAAUUUGGAUGUUAAGGGAUGCUAAAGAUCAACGACUGGACUGGGAUGAACCAGUACCGUUGAUGAUUGAUGAAGCUUGGAGAAAAUACCACCAGCAACUCAGUUCGCUCAAUGAGAUCCGAAUAGACCGAUGCGUUAUCAUUGUCAACCCUGUUCUGCUGGAGAUUCACUCCCCGUUGAAGUCGCAAAGUAUUCCUCGGUUAGAGUUGUGUGGAGCAUUGCUUGGGGCUCAGCUGGUAGCCACUGUGAAAAAGGCCCUCAAAGGCGAAGUCUCAACAUUCUUUUGGACCGACUCUACAUGUAUUCUACGUUGGCUUUCCUCUACGCCGUCAACCUGGACUACUUUCGUGGCCAAUAGGGUGAGCAAAAUUCAAACCAUGACCGAAGGGUGUCAAUGGAACCAUGUAGCAGGAAAGCAGAACCCUGCGGACUUAAUCUCUCGUGGUAUUCUACCCGAAGAGAUUCUAGACAACGAGUUUUGGUGGAAUGGUCCACAUUGGUUAGCGGAAAGUAUGGAAAGCUGGCCUAUCGCCUCGGUCAGCACAUUUGAAGAAGAAGGCGAAGACGAAAGGAGGCACAAAAAGGUAGCUGCAAGCACCUCUGUUAGUCGUGAGUUCAACAAUUGGUAUAUUUCCCACUUUUCCGACUAUACGAAACUUAUCCGUUCCACUGCUAUUUGGAUUCGCUUGAUUCGAGUUCUUCGAAAGUCAAAAGAAGGUCCAAUUUCUGGGUUUCUAAAAGCGGCAGAGUUGUCAGAGGCAGAAAUGGUUAUGGUACGCUUAGUUCAGCGAGAAUGCUUCCAGGAUGAGCUAAAGUCAUGCUCAAAGGGCGAAGCUGUUCCCAGAAAAUCACCAUUGCGUUGGUUCAACCCUUUUAUUCAGAAUGGCAUCAUUAAGGUCGGCGGAAGGCUGAUGCAUUCUCAGGAAUCCGAAGAUUUAAAACACCCCAUGGUUCUACCCGCGAAUCAUAAUUUCACCAAGCUACUUUUGAAUCAUACCACAAAAAAUUGCUGCACGCUGGACCUCAGCUAA